AUGGUUUCCUCGAGCUCUGAGAGAAGAUAUGACAUCAUUCGCGAUCAGCUCAACGCGUAUGCCUUAUUUCUCGCUGAAAAUGAUCUCAGUCAGUUUGAUCUGGACGAGCUUUAUACAAUGUUGAGGAGUAUUGAUAGGUGGGGAAAACACCUUUAUCGAUUUUUCGGUCAAUAUUUAUCUCCUCCAAAGAACAAGGUGGAUUUCAGAUACUGCCAUGACGAGGAACGCGAGAGGGCACUACACUUGAAGUCGAUACUGGACGGUCUACAAAGCUCCUUCCGGACGCACAUCAAUGCUGUAUCGAGACCUUAUCUCAGACCUCUGACGAUUAGGGAUAUGCCGAACAAGAUACUAUCAAAGAUCUUCGAGUGUGUGAAAGGCUCAAAGGCUUCUACGAUAGUAAUCAGUAUGUUCCCUGUUGUUCUAGCGACAUCCAGAACUUGCAGCUUGUAUGUCAACGCUUCCACAACAACAGCUGUCACCUGUUAA